AUGGGCCAGGAUGACUGGCUCAUCGCCUUCGCCCCCAUCACCCUCAUAUCCACCGGCGGCUUCCUCGCCACCAAUUUCUUCCAUAACCGCGAAAGCACCGGCGACAUCGACUACCUCCUCGAGCCGCAGUGGGCGCACGACAACGACAUCAAAAAGCCCCUGCAAGACGCCAUGACCCGCGCCGCGCGACGCCUGGGCUUCAUCGACGAAUGGCUCAACGACGAAGUAGCCUUCUUUGUCCCCGACAACCACCGCGAGCUCCUCUUUGAGAAGGCCGAAGAGCAAAAUAUCGUCUUAUGGGAAGGUGCGUACCUGCGCGUACUGGCCGUGCCGCUGGAAUGGGCGCUGGAGCGAAAACUGCGCCGGAUCCAUAAUAGCAGAAGACAUAUCAAGCGCGGAUCCGACAUCUCGGAUGUCAUUGCCAUGUUGAGACAUCUCCGGACGCAACAUGGCGGUCCGUUGGAUCGGGAGUACAUCCGGACGAUGAGCAUCUGCUCGUUUGAGAUGCCGCCGGAUAAAGCGACGAUGAACGAGAUAGCCGCCGCAUAUCGAGAGAAAUAUAAUGAAGAAGCUUUUCUCUAA